AUGACCUACAAAACAAAAUCUAAGGAAUUUCAACGACCACCAACUGCAUGGGAGAUAGUGGAGAAAACAAAAAAGUUGAAGACUGGAGAUUGGGUUAAUGACAAGACCCGGGACCUUGCUGAAAGAUAUCAAAAACGUCGAGAGGAGGUCUUGCAGUGUACUGGGGAAGGAACAUCUACACAAGAGUCUCUUGCCUCUAUCAAUGAAAAUGAAAUAUAUUUAGGUGUUGUAGGUGAGAAUAACAAAGGACAUGUCUAUGGACUUGGUACUUUGAGCAAAAAGUUUAGUCGGUCAACACAUGCUCAAUCUACUUUAAGUCAACCUCCAAUGGUAGAGGCAAUAGAGGAAAUGCGUCAAACAAUUGACAAAUUGAAUGCUGAGCUUCUAGCAAAGGAAGAUAAGGAGAGGAUGCUUGAGCAAAAGAUGGAACAAUUAAUGAAAAAUCAUGAGUUGCAAAAUGAGCACAUGAGACAGCAAAGUGAGCGUAUGCAUCAACAAGAUCAGCAGAUGCAGUUAAUCUUACGACACUUUCAGAUUAACUCUCUUAUGCCAGGGCCUAGUUUACCAACUACCACUAUGGAUGACCCCAGACACCAUGUUGAGGACGAGCAGCAUGAUCAUGUUGAUGACACACCAAAAGAUUGUUGAUUGUAUGUGUAUUUCUCUUUUAUGAUAUCAUAUACUUGUUUUAGUUUUUAUUAUUAGUUAAAUGUUAUAUACUCCUUUUGGAUGCUUUUAGUUAGUUGUGUAUUUGAUGACUUAUUUUGGAUGUUUUAUAUUAAUUGUGGUUUAGAAAAUUUUAUUUCAUUUUUACUAUUAGU